AUGGAUCUUCCCAAGCGGAUAGUUCAGCGAGUCAUCAACAGGUCGCCUCGACGACAGCAUGCUGCACCCCACCCACAACGACGGAAGCCCGCCCCAGUGAGAUCCGCCGUGCAUGAUCCUACGAGAAGGGGUGUCAUCACGCCUGGCAUCCUCGCCGCCACGACGGUCAACCCGCCUCUGCCUCGUAUCAAGCCACAGCCCAUCGAGAUCACGAUGACCAUCUUCAGACGACGCCGGGCUCAGCUGAACCGAUACGUGGCAACUAAGCGAUUGCAGCUCUGGCGCAGGCUGCUCGAGGACGAGGCCACACUCGAGCGCCGGCUCCGUCUGCCACCAUCUCAGGAUGCGCCAGACAGCUUGUCGUCAGUGCAAUAUGUCACCGAACAUUUGCGUAAAUUGGCUGGCUACUACGAGGCAGACAAGGCUCGCGCCAGGCUCAAAGUGCCACUCGCUAUGGUCGCGCAAGCUGCCCGAGCGCGAAAGCGUCAGGCGGUAUAUCUCCAAAAGCGAGCGAGACGCAGACAGCGCCAGAGCGCGCGCCACUGCGGGCUGUAA